AGAGGCGUCAGGCUGCUAUAUAGGAGCGCAUGCAAGACGCUCUGGACAGCAGGAGGACGCACAGAGCUCUGGAGACACAGUGGAGACACAGUGGAGACACAGUGGAGACAGAGGCUGGUUGGAGACUCAGUGGCUGGUUGGAGACAGUGAUCUGGAUCUCAGUGGCACCUUUGACGCACGCAGCAUCACUAUGGACUGACUGUUGAGCUCUACAGGAGGAGAAGAGAAGCAGUGCGCGCAACAGAACCAGCUGCUGCUCGACCCUUUUUUUUGUUUUUUGAAGUUGAUUAUUAUAGUGCGAGUAUUUUUUUAAUACCACAGCGAGUCUAUAACUUUAUUCUAACUGCGUCGGUAAAACAUGAUGAAGUUACUGAUUUUACCGGUUUUAAUGGUGUUUGUCGCCGAAGUUUAUUCCACCAUGGAGACAGACCCAAAGGAAGAGAAGGACUACUGGACGAGCAGUAAUGAAAUACAGGAUCGCUGGCUUUCCAACGACCCAUUCAGAGAAAUCCUCCUGAGGAUGACGAGAAAGCCGCGGCCGCAUCAGUUCAUCGGCCUGAUGGGGAAACGCUCCAUGGCAAAUGCACAGAUCACCCGUAAAAGGCAUAAAAUCAACUCUUUUGUUGGCCUGAUGGGGAAAAGGAGCCAAGAGGAGCCAGAGUCCUACGAGUGGAGCACAAUACAGACGUACGACAAGCGCCGCUGAACAGUUACCUCUUCACCUGCCUGCACCUCAUCUAGCCAUUCCUUAUCCACAGGAGGGGGUAUACCCGACGCUGGUUUUUGUUUUCUCCAAACUGUGUAUAGCUGUUAGUUGAAUAAAAAUGAUUCUGUUUCCACAUCGUAGUGACGUAGCAGUGCUGUACCCUGUGCCAGUUUCAUUCGCCCCAGCAGAAGGUCGACCGAGAGGACGGGUUUAAUGGUUUCAUUAUCAAUGUUAGUGGUUUUCUGUGCGCUUUUUUCACCAUCUGCCAUGCUACAAAAUGUUGUUGUGGACCAUCAAAGCAAGGCUAUACCCUCGGGUACGCUGAAAAAUUGCACUGCCAAAGUCACUGUAUAGUGCCUCAUAACUGUUCUAAUUGCAACUGAUUGUUCUAUAAAUAUAAACACACACUGGGUGGGACAGGUUCUCCAGCUGGACACAUGAUGGUGUGAUAUGACAGAUGACAGAUAACUGUGUGUUUAUGGUUUCACAAAUAAUAUUAAAAUUAUUUUCUUUACUGGUUCAACUUCA